AUGGAUGCAACAGCCAAGCCUGUGAGGAUUCCUCCUGAAAUGAUCGUGUAUGCGGAGCAGCAUGAGAUAUUUGAUUUAGUCCAGUCUUUGGUAACAAAUCUGCUGGUGGCGAAGCCGGAGGAUCCACUUGCGCACCUGAUCGGGCUCCUGCGGCGAGGCGGUGCGGAAGCUCCCCGGGUGAUGCUGCUGGGCCCCCCAGGCUCUGGAAAGACGAGCAUCGCCAGGAGGCUGUGUGAGCUCAUUGGCGCUGUGCACAUCACCACCAGCAGCAUCUUGCAGGGAGACUCACACCUAACCCUGCAGGUACAGCGCUUCAAAGACCAGCAACAGGAGCCCCCCUCUGAGCUGUGGGUCAGAGCUGUCCAGCAGCGCCUGGCAAAAGCUGACUGUGUCCAACAGGGCUGGGUGCUGGACGGGAUCCCGCAGAGCCGGAGGGAGGCGUUGCUGCUGCAGGAGCUGGGUGUCGCCCCGGAUCAUGCAGUGAUGCUGGAGGCUCCGGACUCGGUCCUGAUUGACAGAAGUCUUGGCAAGAGGGUGGACCCCGUCACAGGAGAUGUGUACCACGUGGUGUUCCGGUGGCCGGAGGAUGUGUGUGUGCAAGGGCGUUUGGAGGGUGAGGGUGUGUCGCGGGAGCAGAGUGUGCGGAGGCUGCAGCAGCAUCACCAGGACGCACCUGCACUCCUGCACACCUUUCAGCUCCAGCUCACACUGAUCAACGCAGAUCAGCCUCAUGAUGACGUGCUCACCCAGGUACUGACCCAGGUACAGUGUCGCUCCCGCUCUGCGGCCCCCCACACCCCCAGGGUACUGCUCCUCGGCCCCCCAGCCAGCGGGAGGAGUCUGCAGGCAGGGCUGCUGGCACAGAAAUACAACCUGGUCAACGUGUGCUCUGGGGAGGUCCUAAGGACAGUGGCUGUGGACCAGAGCAGCGUGGGAGAGCUCAUUAAACCCUACCUGGAGUCAGGAGAUGCAGUGCCGGACAGCCUGGUGCUGCAGAUUCUGACACAGCGUCUCAGCAGAAUGGACUGUACCACACGGGGAUGGGUUCUGCAUGGAUUCCCCCGCAGCGUGGAACAGGCCAGGAAGCUCCAGGAGUGCGGGGUGAUUCCCAGCAGGGCGUUUUUCCUGGAGAUGACGGACAGCACAGCCGUGGAGCGAGUGUCUCUUAGGGCGCUGGAUCCUGUCACGGGCGAGAGGUACCACUCGCUGUACAAGCCCCCACCCAGCGCGGAGGUGCUGUCCCGGCUGCGGCGGGAUCCACGGGACUCCAAGGAGGGGGUUCUGGCUCGGCUUGGACGGUACCGAGCCCUCGCCACCGCUUUGCACGCCCUGUACCCGGACGCAGCUCACAUCAACGCCGAGCAGGACCCCCACACUGUGUUCCAGUCCCUGGAGAGCCGGCUGGUGGCGCGACUACCCAAACGCCUGCCCCGCUUUCACACAGAGACAGCACCCUGAGGCAGAGGAAACACAAACACAAA